UAGUCAACCCUAUAGCUCAAUGCUCGUGCGGUGGCCUUGGCGACCAAAUCCAGCAGCUUGAUAGGCUGGAAUCACAUGACUCUGUUAAUCGCGAGUGUAUUUCCGCGUCCACAAGGGGACUUUAGCUCUCUCUCCAGCGGCUUUGAAUAAAAUCCUGAAUAGGAGGAGGUAUUUUUUGCAUCCUUCGCGCUGUCGUCGAAACGUGUCGCCGAGCUGGGGGGAAAUUCGGGAAAGGGGAGCCGCUCUGGAGCACCGCACAGCACCGACACACGACGCGGCACAAACAUGCUCACUCGGGUUAAAUCUGCGGUGGCCAAUUUCAUGGGAGGCGUUGUGGCUGGUGGCGCUGAAGGUGACUAUUCCGGAUCAGAACUGCCGCUGAAAUUCCCAUACACGAGACCCGAGUUCCUAGGACUGACCCAGGAUGAAAUCGAGUGCUCCGCAGAUCACAUAGGACGGCCGAUUCUCAUCCCCAAAGAGACGAAGAGAUUGCCGUGGGCCACUGGUUACGCAGAGGUGAUCAACGCAGGUAAGAGUUCCCUGAAUGAGGACCAGGCGUGUUGUGAGGUGGUGGUGGUGAGAAAGAGACCAGGAGACUCUACCACCCCCAUUAAGACCCCCACCGCCAAGAGAAGAUCCUCGCUGCCCAACGGAGAAGGCCUGGGGUUGAAGGAGAACAGUGCUGACUCAGAGAGUCUGGUAUUCUACUACUGGGCAUUGUUCGACGGCCACGCCGGCUCCGGGGCUGCAGUAGCAGCCUCCAAGCUCCUCCAACACCACAUCGUCGAGCAUCUCCAGUCUGUCCUCGAGGUCCUAAGGAACCAUGCCGUUUUACCGCCCACCAUCUUCGGUGAGGAGUCUAACCACCACAUGACCCCAGGGAUCCACCGGGCCACCCUGAUUCGGGCCGCGUCACUCCGUGGAGCCGCUGGCGCCCCCAGCUCCCCCUGCACCCCUCCACCACAGAGGUUCUUCACAGAGAAGAAGAUCCAGCACGAUAGCCUGGUGAUGGGAGCCAUGGAGAACGCCUUCAAGGAAAUGGAUGCCCAGAUAGAGAGGGAGAAGCAGGUGUAUAACAUCACUGGAGGAUGCACAGCACUGUGUGUUGUUUAUCUGCUUGGAAAGCUAUAUGUGGGAAACGCAGGAGACAGCAGGGCGAUCAUUAUAAGGGACGGGAAGGUCAUACCCAUGUCCACAGAGUUCACUCCAGAGUCAGAGAGACAACGGCUACAGUUCCUGGGCUUCAUGCAGCCUCACCUAUUGGGUGGAGAGUUCACCCAUCUGGAGUUCCCCAGGAGAGUACAGAGGAAGGAGGUGGGCAAGAGGAUGCUCUACAGAGACUUCACAAUGAAUGGAUGGGCAUAUAAAACCAUAGAAGAUGAGGACCUGAGGUUCCCACUAGUCUACGGCGAAGGGAAAAAGGCCAGAGUAAUGGCCACCAUAGGCGUGACCAGAGGUCUUGGUGACCAUGAUCUUAAAGUCCAUGAUUCCAACAUCUACAUCAAGCCUUUCCUGUCCUGCUGUCCAGAGGUGACGGUGUACAACCUAAACCAAUACGAGCACGGUGCUGACGACGUCCUGGUGAUGGGAACAGAUGGCCUUUGGGACGUCCUCUCCAACAAGGAAGUCAACGAAUCAGUCUCCACCUUCUUGGCCAACUGUGACCCCGACGACUUAUACAGGUACACGAUGGCUGCUCAGGAUCUGGUGAUGAGAGCGCGGGGAGUACUGAAGGACCGAGGCUGGCGGAUCACUAAUGAACGGCUGGGAUCUGGAGACGACAUCUCCUGUUACAUCAUCCCUCUGAUGUACGGAAACCGCCAACCCUAGAACCACCUACAGGCCAUGAAUGGAGCAGACUCCCAUCUCUAUGGCAGACUCCCUCCUCAACCAGCAGUACUGUACCCCUCUCUUUUUGACUCUCUCUCUCUCUCUCUCUCUCUCUCUCUCUCUCUCUCUCUCUCUGUGUCACCCACCUCUCAGUGCUGUACUAUAAGUGAUAAUCCUUCAAGAUGUUACAAUGUUCCCUUCUUCCCUAAACAGGUAUGAGCUUCAGAUUGUGGUAUGUGACCUAAGAUCCCAGUCAUGUGAUGCUGACCUGUGCAGCUUUGUUUCCUGCUUUGCCACAGUGUGGCUUCAGAGGAGUCACUUCCUGAAGUACAGUGUUUCUUUCAGACCUACCAAGGUUGAGUACAGACAGGUGUUUGUCUGGCAGAAAGUGGUUUUUACUAAAAGUAUGUCGUUUUGUAGUAUGUAGUUUUCUAAAACAUCUCACUCGUCUCAACUGGAAAGGGAGGCUGAACUUAGUGAAGAUCACAUUGUUUGACUUGGUGUAGCCUAUGUAAUGAAGAUUCUGUAUCCCUCACCAUAAUCUGACUGAGCAAGGUGCAAUAGUUUACUAUGGUACUGUUUGUGUAUGACUUGAUCUUGUUUUUUCUCAUUGAUGUAAAAAUGGCCAUAGUCAUUCAAAAAAACAACAAGUUAAGAGUUCUAUCUUAUAAUGUAUUCAUAGACCAAGACCCACGUUCUGUUACAAAUCUUAUGAUGUAGCUGUAUAUUUAUUUCUGUUAGAUCAUUAUUUUAGGCUGAUAAUGUUCCAGAUGUUUAUUCGCAUGUAAUGCUGCUUGCUUUGGGAAAUUGAUGGAGAUAUAGUGGAUCAGACUGAACCCAAAGACAAGAGAAUAUUAAGUAUGUUGGCCUACACCACUGCCACUUCAGUCUGUGCCAUUCCAUGCGUAUUUUACUUUUCAAUAUAAUUGAUAAUUACUUUUCAAUAUUGUAAGAGUAUUUAUUUAUACUGACUGAUGUAUUGUCACACUUGAUCCUUCAAUUCAGUGCCAGUAUUCCACUUAUGUCAUACUGCAUCAUUGUUUUAUUAUUUUCAUACAUACCAUGAUAAAACAUAUGAAUUGAUGUAAACACACUAUAUCAUUUCCUACAUGUUACAUUGUAUAUUUUGGUGACAUUGUCAGCUUUGAUGUAUUGUUGACGGUGGCUGAAGUUCUGGAUGAAGUUUUCACAGAUGCCGUGCUCGAAGAUGGUUUCCUAACAUGAGAUACUAAGUUCUGGCUCUUGACUCUGCUAUCUACCCAUCAUACAAUGUGCUACAUUUAGGGCUAUUUCCAAUCAGAUCUGCCUUAACCCACGAUAACUGACAAGUGCAUAGCAGUUUGUGUUUUUAUUUGGAUUAUUUUUGAGGUGUAACAUCGUUGGAGCUGCCAAAUCAGCAAGUGACUCCCGGCAUUAUACCUAUCGCAGACAUUGCCAUUGGAUGCACGAGUCACAUUCGUAUAAAUCCCAUGCAGCCUUGUUGUUUCAAGCUCAAACACUGGAAUGUGUGCUGUAAUCUACACCCCAAUUAGGCUGAAAUCAAUCCUUAUUAAUUUGUUUAAAGAGUUUCAAUUUGAGUGUCACUUUCUAUAUAGCCUACACUUUCUCAUUCUGAACUUCUAAUGCGGGUGGGUUGUAUAGACAGGUGUGGUUUUCAUCCCCCUUGGGGAAGAGCUGCUCCAACGCAGUUACACGGCUGACAUCAUCUAAACAAAAGCAAGGAAAUUGCUAUGCAGUUGUCGGUAAUGGCAGGUUCACGCUGAAACGGAUUGAAUAGGCCUGAAAGGUCUUGCACAGUCAAAUCAUGUUUAUGAAAUGUGAUUAUAUUUGAAUGAAACCAGAUCAAAGUAGGAAAAAUGACUAUUGCUUCUACAUUGAUGAAAGUUUGAUCAUAUAGUUACUGGUCCAUUUCCCCAUUUGGAUUCAGGAGGCGGAUUAUUAAGGGCUUUUUGUGACAUUACAAAAUCCUCUCAUUUUAAUACACCAAUUUAAAUAGGUAUUGCCUUGUAACCAAUAUCGCGGAGGGGAGUGGUUUAGGUAGCUAGUCUAGUGGUGCUACAAUUUGACUGCAGCAUGUCUGCAAAUACAAUGAGGUUUCCCCUAUUCAUCUAAGGCAAAUAUACUUUGGUUUGUACUUUCAUCUGUGUCUGGUGUUAGCUAGGAACUGGUUGGCUCAGUCUUCAGCCAGCAUGGAACAAAAGCGGAAUGGUUCCCCAAAACCCAAGUAAUUACACAUGUCAAACGGGAGAUUCAUCUAAACUUUUUGACUAUCGUUAAUAGUCAUGCUAUAUGGACAUUGCCUGACUCCCUGGACAGUAAAAAAAAAAAAGAAAAGAUACACUCAUCUAGUCCCGGGUCAGACCACCCUUUGCCUCCAGAACAGUUUGAAUUCCUUGGGGCAUAGAUUCCACAAGGUGUCGGAAAUGUUCCACCUGGAUGUUGGUCCAUGCUGACAUGACAGCACCACGCAGUUGCAGCAGAUUGGACGUCGGAACGUGUGGUACGUUCAUGCUGUGAACAGGUUUGGUCAGUAACAAUGUUCAGAUACGCUGUGGCGUUCAAUCGUUGCUCAAUUGGUAUCAAGGAACCUAAUAUGUGCCAGGAAAACAUUCCACACACCAGUACACCACCAGCCUGUACCGGUUGACACCAGGCAGGAUAGGUCCAUAGACCCAUUCUGGUUACGCCAACUCCUGACUCAACAGGAACUGGGUAUCCUCGGACUAGAGGAUGUUUUUUUCACCUCUCAAUUGUCCUGUGUUGGUGAUCGCGUGCCCACGGGAGCCGCCGCUUCUUGUUUGUAGCUGAUAGGAGUGGAACAUGGUGUGGUCAUCUUCUGUAAUAGCCUAUCCUUGAUGAGGAUUGACAAGUUGUGCUUUCCGAGAUGCCGUUCUGCACGCUACUGUUGGACUGCGCUGUUAUUUGUCUGUUUGUGGCCAUCAUGAUAGCUUGUACGAUUCUUUCCAUUUUCCUUUGACCUCUCUCAUCAACAAGCUAUUUUUGUCUACAGGAAUGCUGCUGACUGGAUAUUUUUGGUUUGCUGCAACAAUCUUGGUAAACCCUAGACACUUGUUUGUGAAAAGCUCAGUAGGGCGGCCGUUUCUGUGAUACUGGAUCCGGUGCGCCUGGUACAGAUGAUCAUACCAUGCUGAAAGUUGCAUAGGUCACUUGUUUUGCUCAUUCUAGUGUUCAAUUGAACAGAAACUGAAUGGCUCAAUGCCUGUCUGCCUACUUUAUAUAGCAAGCCAUGUGACUCAGUGUCUGUAGGAGCAUUUUUUGUGAAACCAUGUGCCAUUGCUUUGUGUAUCAGCAAAUUUACUUGAGAUAAUCUCACCGCAACACUGCGUCCAUGUUGCUUGACAUACAGUUGAAGUCAGAAGUUUACAUACUCUUAGGUUGGAGUCAUUCAAACUCGUUUUUCAACCACUCCACACAUUUUUUGUUAACAAACUAUAGUU